CCCUGGCUUCCCCAGGGUACAUGACCCCCUGGCUUCGGCCAAAGGCUGGCUCUCAACCCCUCAGAUCUGAACAGCGACGCAAUCAGUUUGUAACUUCACUCUCCGCCCAUCAGAUGCAACGAAAAGAUGAAAAGUAUCUUCUGUACUGCGUUCGUACUGGUCAGCAUACUCGUUGUUGCAGAGUCCAUAAGAAAUUUGACCGGUAUCUAUGACGAUGAUGAGCGAAGACUCCUUGCCGAUGUGUUCGGUUCGUACGACAAUAAGUUGCGGCCGGUUCUCAGUAAAACGCACAACGUUACCGUAAAACUUGGACUCACACUCAACCAGAUAAUGGACGUGAUUGAAAAAUUCGAAUUGCUGUCUGUCAGCUUGUACGUUCGACAGAAAUGGGAAAACCCACUCGUCGCCUGGAAUAAGUCGGAGUAUGGUGGGAUAGUCCAGGUCAACUUGGAUCCGUCUACUCUGUGGAAACCGGACAUCUAUUUGUACAACAAUGCCGACAGUGGGUAUGAUGGUUCCCUUUAUGGAUUCACGGCGAAGAUAAAAGUCAACUAUUCGGGAACAAACACUUGGCUGGCCCCUAAGAUCUUCACAACUUCGUGCAAGAUCAAUGUGAAAUACUUCCCUUUUGACCAGCAGGAAUGUCGCCUCAAGUUUGGGUCGUGGACAUAUGACGCCAAUUCUGUGGACAUUUUCCCAGAAGAGGAUCAAGCGAGCAUCAAGGGUUAUCAGAAAAAUGGCGAAUGGGACUUCAUAGGUUUCCCUUGUAAGCGGUCUAUCUUGUAUUACCCUUGCUGUCCGGAUUCUCCCUUCACGGACGUCACGUGCACCCUGAUUAUACGGCGCAAGACACUUUACUACUGGGUCAACCUUAUAAUCCCCUGCAUGCUGAUAACAGUGUUAUCCCUGUUGUCAUUCAUCGUGAGCACGGAUUCGGGGGAGCGCGUCGGACUUGUGAUCACAGACUUGUUGGCUCUCACCGUGUUCAUGCUUAUCGUGGCGGAUAUCCUACCGCCGACAUCAGAGGUGGUUCCGGUCAUCAGCAUCUACAUUAUCUGCUCGACUAUAGAGGUUGGCCUCGCUCUGGUGGCUACGACUAUAGUAGUGCAGUGCUACCAUACAAACCCCGAUAUCAACGUGAUGCCAUUUUGGGUGAAGUAUUUCAUCUGCCAAAAGCUCGGAGGGCUACUUGGGAUAACACAUGUGAAGGACAAAAAAGAGGAAGAACAAGCGAAAGAGCUAGAUGAUGAGACCAAGACAGACGGCCCUAAAAUACAACCACGAAACCAACUGUUUGGGUUUUGGAAUCUCCCUCCCGCUAAAUCUCUCAGCUACGAGACGCUCGUAGGGGCAAGCGAGGCGGAGGCCACUUGUAGAACAUGCAUUGAAGCAAGAACAGCGGCACUCGGCGAGAGUCGAACAGCAAACAGCUUUAUCCAGCAUGCAUCAAUGUACAAGCCUCUCCCUCCCUACAGUUCAAGUUCGUUACGUAAGAGAUCAGACUACGAUGAUCAGAUGGACGCUGGGAGCUCAGUCGAAGCGAAUCAACCGGAAACCAACCUAGACUGCGCAUGCGUAAACGACCCUCAAAUAAUGCGAGUUCUCAAAGGUGUCAUCCACAGACAGGAUCAUUUGGUUGAAGGCAUCACGAAGCUGAUCGAUAACAUGGAAGAACAAGACGAAGGGAACAGCAAGCGAGAUGACUGGAUCCUCGCCGCAACGGUCAUCGAUCGCUUUUUCUUGAUUCUGUUCGCCCUUGUGAUCUUGCUCUCAACUAUCCUUACCUUCGCGACCAUUCCGUCUUAUCCGGAGGUCCCGCUAGCAUGAGGGUGGUCAGCAGUAUAUUGUUAUAGAAUGAGCCUCCAAGCUAAAUGGGCAGCGGUUAUGACGAGGCCUUUACGAAACGCGGUGAAUUUAAAAUAUUGAGCCCGCAAGUACCAGAGACAGCGAUGUAAUCAAUAAACCAACCACUAGGCAUUUUGGGCAGUGGUGCAAUUCGAAAGAAGUUAACUGAAGAAUUGAAAGUGUUGUGGUUGUAUAAUUGAAUGUUGUUGUUGUUGUAAAUAGUAGUUGCUGUAGCUUAUGGGGGAGAAUGUUGUUGUCGCUACUUUAUAUGUUCUCCUUGUGUGUCUUUUUUGCGUAUCAGAUGUCUAAUGCUUUUUUUCAUGUGCAUAAAUCUUGUUGUAUCGUUGUUUUCGUUAUUGUUACCGUCGGUGUUUAUAUGCUUGUUAUUGUUGUUUUCGAUGUUGUUGUUAUCUGUUGAUGUCCUUUUUAUUAAGUAUGUUGUUGUAUAAUUUGUCAAGUUUGUCGUCAAGUUUGAUGUUGUUGUUUGUUGUUAUUGUUCUUUACGAUGUUGUUGUUUGUUCCUAUUGUUAUUGUUGUCAAGGUUGUUGUUAUUGUUGUUUAGGAUGUUGUUGUUUGUUUUCAUUGUUGCUAUCGUUACUGCUGUUUUUGUUUGUUGUCGUGCGUAUCAGAUAUCGAGGGCUCUUCACCAAGAGUAAUGGUGCUGCUUUUGAAAUGCUUUUGUAGAAAAAUUAAAGAACCAUUUUAUCUUCAAAUGUAAA